AUGGGGAUUUGCAACAGGACUGAUUGGGCCAUGAAUUGGAAGGCUUGGAGUUACACUGAUGGGAAGGGACACAUCCCUUCACUGCACUCAAGGGGCCGGCCUUUGAGCGACAGAGACACAAGAUGGCAGCCACCAUGGGCUCGGACAAUUUAUGAAAACCGAAUAUACAGUCUUAAAAUAGAAUGUGGACCUAAAUACCCAGAAGCACCCCCCUUAGUAAGAUUUGUAACAAAAAUUAAUAUGAAUGGAGUUAAUAGUUCUAAUGGAGUGGUGGACCCAAGAGCCAUAUCAGUGCUAGCAAAAUGGCAGAAUUCAUAUAGCAUCAAAGUUGUCCUGCAAGAGCUUUGGCGCCUAAUGAUGUCUAAAGAAAAUAUGAAACUCCCUCAGCCUCCUGAAGGACAGUGUUACAGCAAUUAAUCAAAAAGAAAAACCACAGGCCCUCCUCUACCCCCCAUUCGAUUUAAGCAGUCUUCAUUUUCCACAGUACCAAAUUUUCUAGAUACGUCUUGUAGACCUCAAAGUACUGGAAAGGAAGCUCCCAUUCAAAGGCAGUUUAUCUUAAGAUACUGUAAAUGAUACUAAUUUUUUGUCCACUUGAAAUAUAUAAGUUGUGCUAUAACAAAUCAUCCUGUCAAGUGUAACCACUGUCCACAUAGUUGAACUUCUGGGAUCAAGAAAGUAUAUUUAAAUUGAUUCCCAUCAUAACCGGUGGGGCACAUCUAACUCAACUGUGAAAAGACACACCAUGCAAUCACCUUGCUGCUGAUUACAUGGCCUGAGGUCUCUGCCUUCUCCCCUUCCCCUCCCCCUGCCUCUUCCCUCCCUGCAACAGCCCUCCAGCUUGGGGUGGCUUCUUAGAGUAGAUGUAAGGGUUUCAGGUCACAACCUGUGGGACUCCUGCUGGGUGUGGGGGAUGCUUCGUCUGCACCCCUGGUUUCUUUCUUUAAGUCUUAAAUGCUGCCCCCGCUUCCAAGCCACCAUCCUCUUCCCACUCUCCACUACCACCCUUGGCCGAAGCAUAGAUUGUAACCCCCUUGGCUCUCCUCUGAAAUUGGCCUUUGGUGAGGAAUUCAGGGCUUUCCCAAUAUCUUCUCCCUCCACCUUAAUCGAGGGGUGCUGCUUUGUCCUUC